GCGGCAACGAUAUGAUUUGUUCCGCUCAAUUUUUUGCCUGGACAGAUCUUGGAGUUGUGGAAAAAUUUUAUAAAUUUGCAGUUUAUGAAAACUAUAAUUAAAAUGUGUUUCGAAAUUUGAUAAUUUAGCGCAGUUUAUAGUUUACAAAUUUAUUGUAUUUUUAGAAAUGCAUACUUGCUUUGUGGAUACAAGAUGCCUGGCAGCUGCGAUGAUGAUCAAAAUCCCUCUAGCUUGAUUUCUAGUUUGCGAAGUUAUAGAUUGUCAAGACCUAAGUCAUCUCAAGCUGAUUCUUCCAGCUCUAAUUCCAAUAGUAAUUCUCAACCUACUAAUAUUAGGAGUUCUGUAGAUGCCAGUUCAGACUUGACUCAAAACUUGUUGAUAUCUGAUAUUCAAACAAGCGAUUCCAAACCUGGUUCGCAUUCAGCUGCCACUGCAGUUAAUUAUAGCCCACUAAGUUACCGAAAGUAUGAAAUAUCUCACACUUCACAAUUCAUUUUGCCUUGUGUUCUUACCAAAAUACAGCAAGCUUGUAAGAAAAACCAAGCUGCUGUUAUAGAUUUACCCCUUAAUUUGACAGAAGAAGAAUAUUCAAAAUUAAAAGAGCUUGUUUUGAAGGAAGGAUCACUGGGAGAAAAGUGGAAAUCGAAUGUAAUAGAAACGACUAGUUACAUUACGUGUGGUUUUCGUGAGCUGAAAGUAAACCGGAGCUAUAUAUCUGAAUUGGCAAAACAUAUCAGAGUUGUAAUAAAUUGCAACACUGCAGAAAGUGCAGUAAACUCUACUGUGCCGUCGUCUCCCGACACAAAUAAUACAAAACCGUUAAGGACUUAUAGUAGAACUUCUAAAGCUUCUUGUCCCCAGACUCCAGAACCUGUGCAAGAAAGUGUAUCAAGCACUAUUAUUGAAAAUAGAGUAUCACCGACUAAAGGAAUUAUGGAUGAAUAUGAAGUUUUUUGUGAAAAGGAACUUAAUCUAAGAAAGUUACUUGAUGCAUUUCCUGGAGCUGAUAUUAUGGAGGCACAAGACAUUUUGGUGAAGUGCAACUGGAAUCUAGACGAAGCAGUAAAGAUUGCACAUGCCCAACCUCUUCGUUGCUCUAAGAAGAAAGCUCUUUCACAAUCUAGCUCUAACUCAAUAGAAAGCGUAGAUUUGCCUCAAAACUCUGAAUCAAAUAACAUUCAACCUUCAAAUUUGAAUACAGAUAUGGCAUCUAAUGUAGCCGAAGAAAUUGUGCUCGACAGCAGCGAUGAAGAAUUUAACGAGUCUAUCAAACAAAUGAAUAACAAUAAAAGACAGCUUAAAGCAGAAGGAGCCCCACCUGCUAAACGUGUUCGUAAAGUCGUUUCGUCCAGUGAGAGUGAUGAAGAGAGCUCUUGUAGUUCAAAUCAGACUUCGUCUUUAUCAGAUCAUGUUAAUUCAAGAGUUUCUUCUAGUGUGAAUAAUGGUGAACAGACUUUCUCUAGCUCUUCAUCAUUAACUAUUAAACCCAUAUCUAAUUCAUCAAACAAUUCCGAAGAGACUAAGCCGGCCUCACCUGCAAACAAUUUACCAAAUCUCCCUAAAGGACUUGUAAUCACUCAGUUAGGUUCAUCAACUACAAAGCUAGUCUCUGAUGUCGAUACCUCUACUACAAACACAAACUCUGCUAGCAUUACUAUGAAAAAUUCAAAAGCUGAGAUUAUUACAAUUAAAUCCAAUAGCUUGUCUAAUUCAUCUGUUAGUCCAAAUAAAUCGGCACAGUUAGUGAGAAUUCAAUCGCCCAGUAAUGGUACAAGUAAUGCUAAACCCAGUGUCGGUUAUACUGUCCAUCCAGUCGGUUCUGUGGUUUCUUUGCCUGCUACUAACAAAGAAAGCACUUCUUCAUUAAAUAAAAGCUCUUCUGAUGUAAAAAUGGUGGCUUUGCAGGGUAAAAGCUCAUCAGGUAUGAAAUCGAAGCAUUCGAAAGUGAGACACAAGAAAUACGUUGUGUCUGAUGAUGAGGACGAUGAUUAUGGCAAUGAAGAUGUGUACGAUAGCGAGGAUAGUGACAUAGAAUGCAAUCUUACGGCAGCACAUGCUGCCGUUUUGAGGUUUUUUCAGGAGGCUUCUUUUGAUGAGCUAUCUUCUAUUCCAGGUUGUAGUAAAAAGAAAGUGGAUGCAAUUUUGAAUUUGAAACCUUUCACCAAUUGGUUAGACUUGGUUCAGAAACUUAGUAAUGAUAAAGCGCUAUCUCCUGAUUUGCUGAAUGGAGCGAAGAAAGUUUUAGAUAUGAGGAAUGCCAUAAGUAAAUUGAUGGCAAAAUGUCAACAAAUAUCAUUGGACAUGGAAGAUCUUGUGGAAAGUUUGAAAGAAAAUAGAGAAAGUUCAACAGAUUAUGUCGACAAGCAGCCUGAUUUGUUGAAUGACAACAUGCACCUAGCUCCCUAUCAAAUGCUGGGCCUAAACUGGUUGCUGCUUCUACAUAAUCAAGAGGUGAAUGGCAUCCUGGCUGAUGAGAUGGGUUUGGGAAAGACUGUGCAAGCUAUCUCUUUUUUGGCUUAUUUGAAACAAAUUGGCAUGUCUGGACCCCACUUGAUUGUUGUUCCCUCUUCAACUCUUGAUAAUUGGAAGCAAGAAUUGAAGACUUGGUGGCCCACUGUUUCAGUCAUUUGUUAUCAUGGUAGUCAGGAGAGUAGGCGUGAAUUGCGCAUACAAAUCCUCAAUGAUGAAGUUGAAGAAUUUGACGUCAUGAUAACUACUUAUAGCAUGGUUACCAGUAAUGCAGAGGACAGGAGUUUCUUUAAAAGAUUAGAAUUUCUCUAUGUAGUAUUUGAUGAAGCGCACAUGCUGAAAAACAUGUCUUCUCAGCGAUACCAACAUCUAAUGCGUAUAAGAGCUCCCAGACGUCUACUGUUGACUGGAACUCCAUUGCAAAACAACUUAGUUGAAUUGAUGUCUCUUUUAAUAUUUGCUAUGCCACAUAUGUUUUCUGGGAAAACCGAACAAAUAAAGCAAAUGUUCUCUGCUGUUUCAAAAACAGAAGGUAGCAAAAAUUCUUAUGAGAAAGAACGAAUUGAUCAUGCUAAACGAAUUAUGAAACCUUUUGUUCUUCGUCGUUUAAAAAAAGAGGUCCUUAAAGAUCUCCCAGCAAAGCAUGAUGAAAUUCGUUUUUGUAUAAUGGUUGAUGAUCAAGAAAAGAAAUACAAUGAUCUCAUUAAGAAAUUUUCAGCUGAAGUUCAAAAAAAUAAAGAGGAUGAUACUCAGAAAAUUUCUUCUAGUGGUUCUGGUAUGAUGAUGCAGCUGCGCAGGGCUGCUAACCACCCACUGUUAUUGAGACAUUUUUACAAUAACGAUAAACUUGUAUCUAUGUCCAAAGACAUUCUUAAGGAACCAACACACACCCAAGCAGAUCCGAACUUAGUGUUUGAAGAUAUGACAUUGAUGUCAGAUUUUGAGCUUCAUAAGACAUGUAAAAAUUUCAAGUCUCUUCACAAGUAUAUUCUACCAGAUGAACUUGUUCUUACUUCUGGGAAAUUUCAAGUAUUAGACGAACUUAUUCCUUCCAUGUUGGAAGAAGAUCAUCGCAUUUUACUAUUUAGUCAAUUUACAAUGGUAUUAGAUAUUGUUGAAGAAUACAUGAACAUUAAGAAAUAUAAAUUUUUGAGGCUAGAUGGUCAAACUCCUGUUUCAGAAAGGCAAGAAAUGAUUGAUAAAUUCAACAAUGAUGAAUCCAUUUCUCUAUUUCUGUUAUCCACUAAAGCAGGUGGUCUUGGUAUUAACUUAACUGCAGCGGAUACUGUCAUUAUACAUGACAUUGAUUUUAAUCCGUACAAUGAUAAACAAGCUGAGGACAGGUGCCACAGAGUAGGUCAAGUCAGGGAUGUUCGUGUCAUAAGAUUCAUCAGUAAAAAUACCAUUGAGGAAGGUAUUUUGCAAAGUGCUAAAGAAAAACUAAAGCUUGAAAGAGAUAUACAUGAUGAAACAGACGCUGAGGAGAAUGAUUCAGCCAAUGUUGCAAAGCUGUUAAGAGAUGCUUUGGGUCUUAAAAAUACAAGGAGUUGAUUUUGUGAAUGUUAUACAACAUCUGUUUAUGCUAUAAUCAUGGCACAGUAUUUGUAAAUCUAUUUGUCUGUGUAAAUGAAGAGUGAAAAGAAAGUUUGUUACGAAAUUUCUGAUUUUACUUUUUAAAUUUCUAUGUUACUGUGUACCUACACAAUUUAAAAAUAAAUCGUAAAUUAGUACUGCA